GUUUCUCUUCAAGAUACCUUUUGUAUGUUGUUUAUCCUGCAAUUAUCAUAUCUGAACCCUUGUUAGUACAAUUGUUCCAUUAACGUUGGGCAUUAUGCCUGUUUACUGCUCAUAUGGAUUACCUCUAGCGGUCAAUGGGUGUUUUCUUCGAAACGCUCGACAUUCGUGUCACUCGUCUUCCUGUUUUUCAUAUUUUAUUUUUCAUUUUCCAUUGGUUAUUCUCUAACAAUUUACAUUUCAUUACCUGGACGUCCGACGAUUUUCCUUUGUCAGUGACCGCUUCGCAUACUCCCUUGCCCUAUCGGUCUUGUCGGGAGCAACCUUUUUUUUUUGGCUUUUUUGGCCUUUUUUGUGAUUGUCGAUAUUUCUUCAUUGGCGAAUCAUUGGUCUUGGCUUCUACACACCACGGUGAAUGUACUGCUUGAUAGCAGUCGUGUCUAUUCUGUUUAUUGCGUUCCUUGCAUCCAUGUGCAUAAUAUGUUUUGAUUAAUCUCCCUUUAUGAAUUGAAUAGUCUCAUGACUUUGUUGCAACCUAAUGCUGGAUACGUCUCUAC